GCUGUUUAGCAGUGCAGAAGGCUGAAGGGGCGGGGCAGGGGGUGGUGAGGAACAGCAUGGCGGCUGAGCACGAGCCAUCCAACGCUCAGCGGCGCCACAGGAGUCGCCGGGAACUAGUGGCCUUAGUGUGUCAGUAGCCAGCCUGCAUCCCCCCCACCUCGGCCUUUUCUACUGCAGCCGCCGCUAACAAACAGCCCUAUAACCUGCCUGAAGGUUACGGGCUGGACAGCCAGCUGGCUCCAUAAACCACACCAGCCAGUUGGCUGGGGCAAUGGAGGACGUGAAGUUGGAGUUUCCCACCCUACCACAGUCCAAAGAAGAUGCUGAGGAUUGGACCUAUCCCAUGAGGCGAGAGAUGCAGGAAAUCUUACCUGGAUUGUUUUUGGGCCCAUAUUCUUCAGCUAUGAAAAGCAAGCUACCUGUACUACAGAAACAUGGAAUAACCCAUGUAAUAUGCAUAAGACAAAACAUUGAAGCAAACUUCAUUAAACCAAACUUUCAGCAAUUAUUUAGGUAUUUGGUACUGGAUAUUGCAGAUAAUCCAAUUGAAAAUAUAAUACGUUUUUUCCCAAUGACUAAAGAAUUUAUUGAUGGAAGUUUACAAACAGGAGGAAAAGUUCUUGUCCAUGGAAAUGCAGGAAUUUCCAGAAGUGCUGCCUUAGUUAUUGCAUACAUUAUGGAAACAUUUGGAGUGAAAUAUAGGGAGGCAUUUACAUAUGUUCAAGAAAGAAGAUUCUGUAUUAAUCCAAAUGCUGGAUUUGUCCAUCAGCUUCAGGAAUAUGAAGCUAUUUAUCUAGCAAAAUUAACAAUACAGAUGAUGUCACCACUGCAACUGGAAAGAUCGUUAUCUGUUCAAUCUGGUACUACAGGCAGCCUGAAACGUACACAUGAAGAAGAGGAGGAAUUUGGAAAUAUGCAAGUUGCAGCUGCACAGAAUGGAUGAUGGUACCUCAGACCAAUGACAUAGUGUUUGAAUUCCUGUAUGUGAAGGGGAAACUACAUUAAUAAUGUAAAAUGAGAAAAACACAAAUAGCUUCUUUUCAAUUACAUGUUGCUUCCAAAUGUCUUUAUCUACAACUUGCUAAAUAAGCAACAUUUUAAGAAAAUGAUGGACUUCUCGAGUAGAUGGCACUGAUUGUUUCUUUCUUUUUUUUUUUUUUUUUACAAGAUUUUUGGACUUGCUUAAGUAUUAUUGCAAUAAUGCACUUUUCAUACUUGAAAAUUUCUUUAUUUGUAUGAUAUAAAGUUAUUACUUUAAAACAUGCAAGUUGGGGAGGCUUGUUUAUAAAAAUUAUUUGUAAUUUAUAACAAUUUACUAAAGAAAAGUUUGUCAAAAUUCAUUUUGUGUUUUGUUUAUACAUUUUUAAAAAAUAAUUUUACAAUUCAGUUUUAGGGUAGAACUCCUUACAGAAAUAUUAAUGCAAGAAUCUGCCACAUUUUCAGUUUAUGUACCUUGUUUAUCCUUUCAUGUUUGGAAACUGUCCUUGGACUUCUACUGAUAUGCUUCAAAAUCACAUACUUCAACUUGGUUCAGCUUCCUGUAUUGGUUGGUUAACAUUGCUUGGCCUGUAUAAAACUUUUAACAAAAGAGGAAAAAAUACUUCCUUUUGUCAAAUACAAUGCAUUGGUAUUUUGGGGGGAGGGGGGGAGAUAUCAAAUUAGAAGUUUCAAAUGAAUUUUGGAAUUUCUUUUGGUAAAAGCCAGAUGUAUCUGUGUUCUUUAGGAAAAUCUCUAGUCUUUUUCCUUUGUCCAGAAUUACUCCAAAUACAGAUUAUGUGUGCACUGUCAUGCUAUUUAUUUUUUAAAAGUUCUAAAAAGUAGAAAUAUGCCUUUUAUUUCUAAAAUUAGCUUAGUGGCCUACAAAUUGGAUAGAAGAAGAAUAGUGAAAAUGUUUACAAAAAAUGUUAUUAUUUUUACAUACCUUAAACUGGAAGUAUAAAAAGUCUAAGCAAAUUGUUUAAAAUGGAGCACAUUCUUCCCAACUGAUUUUGUGUUGUCUUUAUGAGUAUGAGAUUCUCAAAAUGAUGCUUCUCUUUUGUAGCUUUUUGGAACAGUUUCUGGGAGUAUUUUAAGGAAGCAUUUGCUUUUCUAAAAUGUUGAAACAGAAAUUAUUUUUUUUCACCUUUUUAUUUUUAUUGGAUAUCAAAAACAAAACUUAACCCAUACAUCACUUUUCUCAGUGCUUUGAGAGCUUAAUGGAUUUUCCCUGGUAGAAACAAAAGACACUAUGCAAUACAGUUUAUUAUACAUCUGUUUUGAACUAUUCCUUUGUUUCUAUUUCCUCCUUCUUUUGCCCACUUUCUCCCCAAGCCCCUCAAAUAAUGCCAGUAAAUUAUACAUGUUGCAAGAAUUGUUUAAUAUUUCAGGUUACCUAAAACAGUAUUUUAUGUUGUCCUACUUAAUUGUGACAACUCGGCUUUUCUAUGAAUGAAAGAGUAAAUUAAUAGUUUGUGAGUGUCAUGUGAGUUAUAUAAUCUUUUAAAUUCCUAACAUAUAUAACUCUUACAAAAAGUCCAGGGUAAUCUAUAGUUCUAGUUCUGUUCCAUUUUGAAGUUUUACAUUGCAGAUUUUCUUUGGAGACUUAACCAAAAUCCAAUUGGUGGUGUCAGGUAACAGCUUUUGCUUUAAAUGAGUCAUAAUCAAUGUCAUCUAGUCAUUAAUAUUAUUUAUUUUUUCAAUACUUGAUACUGCACCUUCUAUUCUAUAACCAUUUUGUAUUUAAAAGUAAUUUUUUAAAAAUGCUUUGUGUAGACUGAGGAGUUUGGGGUAUUAAUUCUUAUUUUCCAACAUUUUUAUUAAUAAUUUUAAAAUUAUAUUAUUUUAUUAAUUCCCCAACAUUUUAGAGAGGUCUACUUAAAAUGCACCCAGUAAUUUGUUUAGGUAUCUUUUUUUCCUUACUGUUUUAUUAUAUGCUAUCAGUGAAGUGCUUCUGUAGCAGCUAAAUAGUGUCUCACAGACUCAUUGUCUUGAGUGUGAAAUUAAUGCCUACAGACAAAAAAACUUCAUUCUGUUACUUGAUUUUCUAAAUCACAUCUUCCUGUUGAAUGUUUUAAUUUUGUUUCCCUGAUGGGAUAUUUUCCAUUCAUUUUUCCAACUUUAGGAAAGCUUCAGUUUUUGAUAGAUUAUAAAUAUCAGUGAGAACAAAACAAAAAUUGUCAUCUAAAUACAUGAAAAUAACUAGGCCAUGACCUAUGGUACUGAAAAUUAAAAAGAAUAAUCCAUUAUAAUUUUUAUGACUACAUAUGGCCUUUUCUCUAAAAGUUUUUCAGUCAAUGUGACUUAAUUCCUAAUUUAGGACAAAUAAAAUCAUAUAAUAGUCACACAUAACCAUAUACACAGAGAAGCAGAAAAAUCUACUUUACUAUUCUUUAUUGUAGAAAUAACAUUUUACCAGUGAUUAUGUAUCAAAUGUUGGAGUCGAAAUUUUUCCUUGCUUUCAUUUAAUAUGAGGUCAUUUUUUUUUUCCAUGAUACUUUUUUCAGACUAGAGAGCCAGGACUUUCCUGUUUGCUGGUUAUACUAUAGUGAUGAAUUUAACAGUAAGAUAUUUAGUAUCUCAUCAUUAAUUAACUUCUUAAGUAGAACAUUAAGUCUUAUCCUUCAGGAGAACCAAAAGGUAUCAUUUGAAAAUGUUAAGUAUUUCCUUCCUCCUUUUUCUCCUUUAAAGGUUUCUUUCUAACUUUACAACAUUUUUUUCAUAACUUUAAAACAUUUUUAUUCAUAGUGAUUCAAUUAAGUUAAAUCUGAAACAACUAAAAUCUUGGGUUGAAAAGAAAAUGUGGUAACCAACCUAAGUGACUAUAUAUUAAUAUAUCCAAUUUCAUAUUUGUGUUUAUCUGGAUCAUUCAUUAUGCUUUCAAAAAUGGAUAGUAAUUGAAACUCCUAAAAGGAAAAUUAUUAUUUCAGUACAAAAAGAGGAAUUUCUAGGACCCUGGAAUUCUCAUGGUUUUUGAACGCUGGAGUUUUUUCUUCAUGACAGCUAAAAAUCUAGGCAGCAAGCUCAAAAAGAACAGCCUGUGUUUGUAAUUCGCUUCUUCUUUGCUCUUAACAUGUAUCUUGGACAAAAUGCUGAGUAUAGGAAUGCUACAAUGUAAGAGGCUGCUAGUCCUGCACAAAAUACAAUUCUUUUGUGUGAAACUAUUUAAUUCCAUAUAAAUUACAAAAUGGCAACUUGUGCUAUUGUAUCUGAAAAAAAAUUAUUAGCUACCUUUAUACCAUGAUUGUUUUUUUAUAUUUUCUGUUGAUACUGUAGUCCCAACAGUUCAGACUUUCAAUUUUCCUAACAAUGUGGUAGACUGGUUUAAUAUUCCAGUUGUGUAAAAAUGUGAAUGAGUUUUUAAAUGUUUUUGUUUCAGUUCAGUUUUAAAUGUAAUAUACAUUCUAAUGACCA